CUAGCAGUAUCACUCGCUACUCGCUGCCACCCAUGGCAGAGCCCGCAUGGCAGGAGACCCUUCGCGUCCGGCUCGUUGAGCGCAACGCGCGCGAGUCCGCGUACGCGUCCAUCAUCGAACAAUAUCGCAGAUUGGCACAGCAGACGAAACUCUUGAAGGAGCGGAAUGCGUCUCUCCUCCGUGCGAUGGGCACUGCACGCCCGAAUCCCAGCAGUUCGACAGUGUUUGUUCCGGGGACGGCAGAAGAAAAUCCUGUUCGAGCAGCAUAUAUUGCAUCCCUAGAGUCGCAAAUAUCGUCCCUACGCGAUGAACUAGCGACAGUAUACAAGACACAGGGUCAGAAUGCCCAGAGACUGCUGGCGAUGAACGAGACUUUGCGGGAAAAGGAGGAACUCGCAAGGGUCGAGUCCGAGAACUUUAGGAAGGCUCGAGAGGAUAUUGCAGCGUUGCGGAAGAAGGUUGAGCAGCAUAAUGAGCUGAUGGCCGAGAAGGAUCGGACAGCCCAGAUCCUCCACGAUGAGAUUAAUACACUACAGCUGGAGCUCAGUCAGAUCGAAGAGCGCAACGCAACGCUGACAAAGGACAACGCGAAGCUGCUCCAGCGGUGGCUGGAUGCAAAGCAGGCGGAAGUGAACAAGAUGAACGAGGCGAACGAGUUCUACGAAGACAUGCAUUCGCGGAAGCAGGCAGCGACAAACGCGCCAGCAGAUCCUGUGGACGAGGUGUUGUCUGUCUCGGAGUCGGAGUCGGGAAACGGGGAUGCGAGGAACGAGUCCGGUGUAGCGACGACGAAGGAUGGGACACCAUCUCCGGUGGAGACGAGCGUGAGUCAGACACCGAAUGGCUGAUGGUCGAUGAGUGAUUCGUUUGUAUCUUUUGGACAUCUGGUCGUCGCUUUUCCCCUCUACGCUGGAACUCACCGCGCUCGCAUACCCAGUCCGCUUGAUAUCCUACGAUCGGCAUGCCUCGACGUUCGCCAAUUACACUACUAUCUCGUGGUCUUUUAUUUCUCACUCGCAUUUAAAUGCAGUUGUACAUAUAGUUCUACUAUUUCAGUCUUUGCCGAU